AUGGAUCCCACGACACUUCCGCCUUGGCGUCUACCCGAUGGCGUUGCCUCUCGGUUCGUCGACACAUCACCGGCCGGACUUAGAUUCCACAUUCUUGAAUCACUUCCCGCUCCAAAUUUCGAGGCCGCCGACCGACGGCUUCCGCCAUUGAUCUUACUACUCCAUGGCUUUCCAAACCUCUCGUAUGACUGGCGAUUCGUGUUGCCGAAGCUAGCCGACGCCGGUUACUAUGCCGUCGCCUUUGACUUGAGAGGUUUUGGCCGCACCCACGAUGCGGAUUCAAGCCGUAUCAGCGACGAGGCAAUCCGGCCGUUGGCCGCAAUCCGCGAUGUAGUCACUCUAGUCCACGCCCUGGGCUACGCAAAGAUUCACACUCUUGUAGGCCACGAUCUUGGCGCGUACAUGGCCUCCAUCACUGCCUUGAUGCGACAGGACAUGGUCGGGUCGCUGCUUUUGAUGGCGCACACAUGGAAAGGCAUCGCAGCCACCCCCUUUGGCAAUUCGCCCGCAGACGCACUAGCUGCAGCAGUUGAAUCACCAAAAAUGCCUCGUUGGGAACAGAACAAGGACGCGGACGUGCAUACAUCGCUGGGCAGGCUUGACCCCCCGCGCAAGCAUUACAAGUGGUAUAAUGCCUCGGCUGCGGCAUCAGAUGAAUGGACAUAUCCCACCGGUCAGCCUCUGCGAGACUUCCUCAGGGGUUACUUUCACUUGAAAUCUGGCGCUCACGUACAGAAGAUUCCUCCUCGGCCGCUGGCGUCUUGGACGGCGACGGAGCUGGCCAUCCUCCCGCACUACUACGUCAUGCGUGCGCACCAGACGAUGCGAGAAAACAUUGCCCUGGACAUGUCGGAGGAACCUCAAGAGACGGCAGCCAAGCUACAUCUCACGCCGUGGCUGACUGAUGCAGAUGUCGACGUUUACGAGCAAGAGUACGCCCGUACCACGUUCAGGGGCCCGCUGCUUUGGUAUCGCGUGCUGACCGACCCCGAGCUCUCCGGGGAUCUAUCCUGUCUUGCUGGACUGAAGCUCAAGAUGCCCACCAAGUACGUUUCUGGCCUCGGCGACUGGGGCACGUAUCAGGUUCCCGGGGGACUCGAGGCAAUGCAGCAGGGCGUCAGCGUUGAACCGGAGUGCUGGCGCGGCGCGACACUCGUGCCCGGGGCUGGACACUGGGUCAAUAUGGAAAAGCCGGACGAAAGUGCCGCUGAGAUUCUGAAGCUAGCUAGUACUGUUUCGUGA